CUCGUCGGGGUUUGCUUACUUCCACCCGAGGGGACUCUGUCGUUAGCCCGGGCGAGACAGCCUCCAUCACCACCGGCCUCUGCGAAACACUCAACAAAACCAAGCACAAAUGGCUCCUUUUGAGAAAUCUGUGGAAACGGUGCCCUUCAAGCAGAGGAAAUGCCUCACAACAAGAAAAAAUGAAGUGUGCAGCAUUCGGUCUAAAUUCCCCAACAAGCUGCCUGUGAUUGUCGAACGUUACAUCCGUGAAAGGACCCUUCCCCUGUUGGACAAAACAAAGUUCCUGGUUCCCUAUGAGCUCACCUUGGGUCAGUUCCUCUGCCUGCUCAGGAAUAAAAUCGCUCUGGACUCCACCCAGGCUCUGUUUCUCCUGGUGGCGGAGAAGAGCAUGUCUUGCAUGUCUUCCAACAUGGGGGAGGUGUAUACCCGCUACAGAGAUGGUGACGGCUUCCUGUAUAUCACCUAUGCCUCUCAGGAAAUGUUCGGAGCUCCUCUGCAAGCAGCCAAGCGGCCCUGCUGAGCCUGAAAAGUGAUAAAAUGAACUGAUUUGUGACCAGUGGAGACACCACACAACCAAACCUGGGGAAAAAAGGACAAACUGAGCCAAAGCAAGACUGUUCCUCCCCCCCAAAGAGCACAUCUGUCUACCUCAUGAAACCUCCCUGGACUUAAAGAGAUAACACGAGUCUGUGGUAAAGACUCAGAUUUGGUUUGGGGUAACAGGACUAAUUAUAUUUAAGGGUUUCUAUUAAAAGAUAUUCAGUAUAUAAAGCUUUUUUUUUUUAAUUAAGAAAAAAAUGUAAGAUUUUUCUUUUAAUUUGAAUGUUUGGUGUGUAUUUUGUCUCUUUAAACAUAAAAAAAAAAGUCUUUCUGUUGAGUUUCAAUGCAGAUAAACCGGUGUUUGUGUUUGUGGCAGCACUUUCCACCCCCUCCACCAGACAAAAUCAGGUUAAACAUUGUAACUUAUAAACACUUAUAUGAAAUCUUCCUUCUGCCCAUCCCCAUCUUCCCUCAAGAAUGUGAAACUGUCCAGAAAACAUCUUCAUUACAGGAAAUAUUGAAGCACUCCUAGAGGUACAUUUGAAGCUGCUCUGAUGUGUUCUUAAAUCACCAAAAAAUAAAAUUUUGUCCCAAUAAA